AAAAUGUCGUCCGCUCAAGAAAAGAUGAAAGAUGUUACGAAAUACAAUCUAAAAGCACUAAUGUCAGUAUCAAUUUGUGUUUCUUGGUCAUGCUCAAAAUGGAGGACGCUUUAAAACUGGACACAAGAACGAGACAAACCUGUUCGCUAUCAGGGUCAAGAUCCUGACAUAGGAGAGGAAAAAUGUGAAAAGGGAGCAUGGGAAAGGACCGCCGGCGGGUAAAAUUGAUAAGGAGCAGUCUGUCCGGGUGGAAGGCACUCUUUUUGCCGAUGGUGGUCAUCGUCACUCGCACUCAGGACUGUGGGGUUCGGAGCCACUUGCCGCUUUGGGGAGAAGAAGCCUCUUUAGAGAGAAGAAGCAUCCUCACCAAGAUGACCCUUUUGCAUCUACUUCUGUUCCUUGGGUUUGCUGGCAAGACUUCUGCACAAAUAGAAGCGAUCUCCUACACUCCUCGUAUCUCCGAUCUGAACAUGGAAGGGAAGAUCACUGCCAGCACCUUUGCCUUGGAACCACCAAGCUGCAUCUUUGACCAGGUUGUCAAUGCGUCGGACACCAUUUGGGUGGUGGUUACUUACAGUAACGCCACCUUCAAAUUUAAGAACCCAACAACUCCGAAGGAUGUCCCGACAUACGAAGAACUGUACACCACAUACGGCUACAUGACCAUGAAGGCCACCCUUGACAAUUACCCAUGCAAGAAAGGCCAGGCAGGGCGCGUCCUCCGGAUUGGCAAUGAGUCUUCUUGUAAGAACGAUGACAGCCGGACCCACUGCAAUGGCCCCUUGCCUUCUCCAGGUCCUUUCAGAGUGAAAUUCCUUGCCAUGGACACCAAAGGAUCCAUAGCAGAAACAAGGUGGUCUGCUUCUAUUACGCUCCAGAAAGCUUUAGCCUGGAAAACGCUGGACACUUGGCCGGGACGACGUGAAGGAGACAUGAUUGUCAUUACCGUUAUUCUGUCUGCGCUCUGUGGAGUUGUCACCAUUGGUUUCCUUGGCACUGUCAUCUAUGAAUGUGUCAAGACCUGGAGGCAACCAGAUGAAAACCAACAGGAGCCGCGCCAGGACCCGGAGCCCUCCUUUCAAGGCAGUCGCUACGACACCCACCACAUCCCCCCGGCUCCGCCUGUGCCGCCACCUCCACCUUCUGCGGAUGUGCCUAGUCCUCAACUAAUUUCUACGUCGCAUUAGAUCCGUGAUCUCACAAACCUCUUUGCUUCCUCCCUGUGGCUGCAUCUACACCGCAGAAGCAAUGCAGUUUGACACCACAUUAACUGCUGUGGCUCCAUGCUGUGGGAUUCUGGACAUUGUACGUCUGUGAGAGAUUUAGCCUUCCUUGUCAGAGAGCUCCGGUGCCACAACAAACCUCUGGAUUCCAUAGUAAGGAUCCAUGGCGGUCAAAGUGGUGUCAAACUGCAUUAAUUCUGCAGUGUGGCAGAAGUCCAAGUGUCUUUCUGUAUACUUCUGUGUAUCUUUCAUUGGUAAUAGGCAAGCCCUCCAACUCCACCAUCACGUUAAAUUCUAACUCUGAAGAAGAGGUGGGACUCUUGUGGCCUUCCAGAUGUUGCUGGGACUUGCUUUAGCCGGCAGAGUGAAUAACAAGGGAUACUGGGAGUUGUAGUCCAGCAACAUCUGGAGGACCCCAUAAUUCCCCUCCCUGUAUUUACCCUGAGUUGUUUGGUACCACUUUAACUGCCAUGGAUCUGUCCUGUGCAAUCUGUAGUUUGAUGAAGUACAUAAAAAAUAUAGUGACAGAUUGAGGGGAGGAACAGAAUGAAAGACAGCAAGUAUGGGAGUGUUUCUUUCAGCCUUUGCCAUGUUCUCAAGCACCCUUCCCAUUGAUAUCAUUGCAAACUGUUAGUUCACUGAUAAGCGGUAUAGAAAUGUACUCGCUAUUGCUGUUGCUAUUGCUGUCACCUAUGCUCCCCGCAUGCCCAAAAAUACAAAUAGAGGGAAGCUGCCAUUCCCUCUCCCAGCACUUGCUCCUUAUGGAAACACUGCAAACAGACACGGAAGACACAGCUUGGACUAGUUACCUUUUUUUGGGAUGCAGAACUCCCAGAAUCCCCCAGCGUGCGUGGCUACCAACAAAAUGGUGUCAUUCUGGACAUAGGAUAGCUUAGACUGGCCUGUAUUCAUAGGACACAUCUUAGUGCUAUAUAAUUUAGAGAAAGAUAAGAUAGCUUAGGAUAGCCUAAGAUAGGAUACAUCUUAGUGCUGUUUGAUUUAGAAAAAUACUUUUGCCUCCCAAAGCCGAUUACUAACCUAACAGUGUAUUGUGUAUUGAAUUUUAAAAACCAACACAAUGCUUAAAAAUAUAAACCCAUGCAUACAUCUAUACAUACAACCUCUUUGGUUAUCUAGCUAACAUAGUUGUUGCUAGUCUACAAUUCUCCAGUCGUACAAUCAUAAGCAACCAACCUUACAUACCUACUAACCAUCUUUAAAUUUGACUACACUGUUGUUGAUUCUGUCGUCUAAUUCCAUUUAAUGUCCCCUUGUCCUUUCACUGUCCCAGCCUUCUACCUUUCCUUUACUCACUUCCUUUACUUAUCUCUCUUUACCUGCUGCUUUCUUUCUUUAAUCUUUUCUAUACCGAUUCUUCCCUACUCUCUUUUCAUUCGUCUUACUCUCUCCGCAUCCUUUCCUUAUUCUCUCCUUUCCCACUUUGCUUCUCUUCUUCUCCUUACAUCUUCUAUGACCAUCCUUCCUGCUAUCAUCUUCUUCCCUCUUUCAUUCUGUAC